CAUUAUUUUGACGAUGAGCAGCAACACGCAGUUGAGUGGCAAAGUGGCGGUGAUCACUGGCGCCUCGGGCGGCAUCGGUGCCGCCAUCGCGCUGGAGCUUGCAACGGCAGGUGCCAAGAUCGCGCUUGGAGCUCGACGUCUCGAAGCGCUAGAGACAGUCAAGACGGACAUCGAACAGAAGAUCGGAGCCAUCGGCAGCGUCCUUAUCGUGCAGACGGACGUAACCAAGCGACAGGAGGUGCAGAACCUCGUGACUAAAGCGGAAGAGACCUUCGGGGCCGUCGAUAUCCUCGUGAACAACGCUGGUGUGAUGCCCUUUGAGCUCAUGAAGAACGUUAACCAGGACAGUUGGGAGCGGACGAUCGACAUCAACUGCAAGGGAACACUCAACGGUGUGGCGGCUGUGCUGCCAAAGAUGCUGGCCCGUAAAAGUGGCCACAUUGUCAACAUCUCGUCGGAUGCAGGACGCAAGGUGUUCCCCGGAUUGGGAGUUUAUUCUGCGUCCAAGAUGUUCGUUGAGGGCAUCUCUCAAGCUCUGCGUCUUGAGAACGUCGGCAGUGGACUCCGCGUGACUUCCAUUCAGCCUGGUAACGUCGCUACGGAUCUAGUGAAGCACGCGAAUGCUGCUAGCGGUGUGGAUGAAGAGGCAAUGAAGUUGUACGGUGGCCCAUCCGAGUGCGAGGUUCUCAAACCUGAAGAUAUCGGUCGAGCUGUGUUGUACGCUGUCACCCAGCCGCCAUAUGUGGCUGUGAACGAGAUUCUGGUGGAGCCGCGCGAUGAACCCAUUUAGAGGAAAUCUAGCACAGCUCCAAGCCAUACACGAGACUUUCCAGCUCGUCCUCCAUUUGCCGUGCCGAGUUUUCUAGGAUACCCGAAUCGUAGAAUGACGCCGUCAACUUUCCAUGAUUCUCUGUAUUCUGAUUGUCAUCGUCUUGUCCAAAUGCACACAGGCACGCGAUCGGAAGACCACGAACACAGACGCUGAUACCGAUGAAGAAACGCAUACGCAAGUGCUGCACCAUCGGAAUCUCUCGAGUUCGUGGGUCGGCGAGACAAUCCAAGACGACCAGAGGCUGGUUUUGCGGCUGACAAAGCACAAAAUCACACAGUGAUUCACGUCGUAAGAUCUCGUCCUGUGCUGCUAGGUCGCGAGUACCAACGGCGUGCUCAAUCAGCACGUACUCGGCGUUCACGCGGGCAAUGAAAGCAGCAUUUACACCAAAAGCAGCGGCAGCGAGUUCGCAGCUUCGAUGCAUGAGAGUGCGGUCAACUAACGUGCAUGCAGGAGACACGAUCACUUCCAGAAGCUUGAGUCGCUCUUCUUCACGAUCGUCGUCCAGUUUAGGUAAGAAAUAACCCUCAUCAGCGAUGGAGUCCUGGUCUAAUAGACCCACAUUAGAGCUCAUCAAAGACGUUCGUCGAUGGUCAAAUCUCCUCAAGUCUUCCUCUUCUUGCUCCUUCGAGUCAACAAGACGGUAGGACGACAAUCUGUCCACUGAGCUGUAGCUGCUCGCAUCGGCUACAAGAGGAAUCGGCUGAGCCAUUCUACGCGACCUUGAUGCCAUGGCUACCGGGUGUAGGAAUGAUCUGGAUACGGUAUAACCUGAACGCGGGGCGUCAAACCCAGAGUACGAAGCCUCAGUGCGAGAAUUGUAGCCUCCUUCCCAGCCAGAAGAAUGUAUGCUUGAUUCGACGCUGUUGGAGUCAAGCGCUUGCAGUGACCAGAUACUCUUCAUACUUGACGUAGUUGAAGGCACCGCUUGCCACAGAUUCUUGGUACUCCGAGCGAUGGACUUGAUCGAAAUGAUCUUGCUGUUGACAGAUGC